AUGGCCGACGCAAUUUCCAUCGAGGAGACGAAUCGCAUUCGGGUGUCUCUGGGCAUGAAACCUUUGCCUGUCCCUGGAGCUGGUCCUGUGUUCAAGGACGCAGAUGCGCCAGUUGAAGAUUUAGGCAGCACACUCGAAAGCCGUCAAGCCGAAGGAUAUGAUAACUACAGAAAACUACAAGAAGCAGAGGAAGCAAAGAGGAAGCGCGAUGCAAAAUCAGAGGCGAUAAAGAAGGCACGAGAUGCUGCGAAGCGUUUUUCCAAACUGGAAGGCAAAGGCUUGGGCGACGAUGAUAACGAACUUGACACCAAGAGCUGGCUCAUCAAACAGAAGAAGCGCCAAAAGGAAAUUGAGAAAGCUCGAAAAAGAGAACAGGAACUAGCCGAUGCUGAAGCGGCUGCUGAGUAUACGGCAAAGGACCUGGCUGGUGUCAAAGUUGGCCACGAACUCGAUACCUUUGAGGAAGGCGAGGAACAGGUCUUGACCCUCAAGGACACCACAAUCGAUGAAAAUGAGGAGGAUGGAGACGAACUUGAAAAUUUGGACCUGAGAGAACGGGAAAAGCUACAAGAAAGGCUUGAUCUAAAAAAGAAGAAGCCAGUCUAUAAUCCCAAUGAUGUUGAUGACGAGACCGGCGAUAGGAGCGUGUUGGCACACUACGAUGAGACAAUCGAUGGCAAGAAGGGCAAACGGUUCACACUUGACGGUACAGGUAAGACUGUCGAGACUAUGACAGAGUUGGGCAUUUCUCAAAAGGCAAAACCAAAGGCUAUCAGCCUGGACUUCUUAAAAGAGGAACUUAAAUCUGAUUACCUGGACAUAUCCGAAAUCAAGGUGAAGAAGCCAAAGAAGAAAAAGGCCAAAUCUACUCGGCAGAAAGCGGUUGACGAAGACGACAUAUUUCCUAUUGCGGAUGCCGAAAACACACCUGCGGGCGAUGGUGAUGAGAUGGAAAUCGAUAAACCUGUCGAACAAGUAAAGAAACGAACAUUCGAGGAUAUAUCCUUCGUUGAUGAUGAUGACCUUCAAGCAUCCCUUGCUGCUCAGCGGAGAAAUGCUCUCAAGAAACGGAAGAGAGCAAGGCCAGAGGAUCUCGCACAACAGAUACGAGAAGAGGCUUCCGCUACACCAGGCCUGGAAGCAGAUGAUGAACCAAGUGGUGGUUUAGUAAUAGACGAAACUUCCGAAUUUGUUGCCAAUCUACAGAAACCAGUUGCUCCGGAGUCUAAAGCUAGAGCUAGAUCUACAUCAAAGCCAGUCGAGACAACAACGGAGAUGGAUCAAGACUCCGACGAAGAUGGAGACGUUGCCAUGCAGCAAUCAUACGCAGACAUCGAGGAUGAGGAGGACCGCACAGCACGUCUGUUGCGCGAAGAGCUCGAUACUGACGAUAUCACGGAGACAGGAUUGGAGCGAGAGGCUACUCUGGAUAGAGGCGUUGGCGCUGCAUUGAAGUUGCUCAAAGAGCGAAACAUAAUCAAGACUGCGGAAUCUGGAGAUAUCAAUGCUAUAUAUCGACAAAAGCAAUUAUUUCUGGCAGAGAAGCAACGGCGUGAGGCUGAUGCAGAAAAGAAAGCUCGACUGCAGAGAGAGCGCGAUCGCUCCAAUGGUAAACUGGACAGAAUGUCGGCUCGCGAGAAGGAAGAGUAUGCAAGAUCGCAAAAUAACUUCCGUGAUCAGCAAGAGUCACGCCAGCUUGCAGAGCACUUCAACAAUGCAUAUAAGCCGAAUGUGGAGCUUAAAUAUAUCGACGAAUACGGCCGAAAUAUGAACGCGAAGGAAGCCUUCAAGCACCUGUCACAUCAAUUCCACGGAAAAGGAAGCGGCAAACAAAAGACCGAGAAGAUGCUCAAGAAAAUUGAGGACGAAAAGCGCAGAGAGGCGCAGAGUUCUCUAGAUGGGUCGCAAAUGAGUGGUAUGUCCGGAGCGGCGGCCCAGCAAUUGAAGAAGAACAGACAAGCUGGUGUCAGGUUGGCGUGA